CGAUCCAGGAAGUAGACAGUCUCUGUAGUUUCCGAGUUAUUUUGGCUGUCAGACAUGUUCCUCUGUGACGUAACUCUAUAUAAAGCUGCGCGUGCGAGCAGCACGGGUUAAACAGGGCUCUGUGUGUGUGUGUGUGCGUGUGUUAGUUACCUGGUGUGUCACGAUGUGUGAGGCCGUCCUGGUGGAUCUGAUCCACGGCUGCAGUGCUGGAUGCACCGGCGCGUCUCUCCUGGAGGAUCCCGCUGCAGCGGAGCCGCAGGUCUUCCUACUGUGCGGGAAACGGUACCGGGAGAGGAACGGCUUCUCUGACGCCUUUGUGAGCUCGUGCAGGAGCGUGCACAUGCUGGACUCGGACUCCACGGCGGAGUGCUUAUACCGGUUCAAACAGACUGUGGAUCAGCUGGAUCUGAGCUCUAUCAGAGUCCUCACGACCCCGCGGGGCCGAGCCGUGCUGCAGGGCUACCAGGAGCUGCUCUUCACCGCCGUGUACACCUUCAUCUACCAGGUGGACCAUCUCACCUGUCCGAGCUGCGCAGGCUCCGCCCACACAGACUCACCUGAAGAAGAAGUCUCCAAGUUUCUGCAGCAGCUUCCUGCACAGAGGGGACAAGUCACAGUCCUCAAGUCAACUCUGAUCCCAGACUGUUUCGGUCAUGGCUUCAGCACCCGUAGAGGCGGCGUGUCCUACAUCCCGACUCUGUCCUCCCUGAACCUGUUCAGCAGCAGCAGGAGGAGGGACCCCGGGGCCGUGGUGCAGGAGAACAAACGGAGACUGGCCCUCCACGCUGGUUUCAACCCUCAGCUGCUGCGUCAGGUCAAGGUGAACCACGCCAGUGAUGUCUUUGUUUUGGGGAAAGCUGAGCCAGAGAGCUACGACGCCAUGGUAACCAAUCAGACCGGGGUGAUUAUCACAGCUCCGGGAGCCGACUGCAUGCCGAUCCUGUUCGCCAAUCCGGUGUCAAAGGUCAUCGGAGCCGCUCACGCAGGCUGGAGAGGAACCCUGAUGGGUGUUGCUAUGGCGACGGUGGAGGCCAUGGUGAAGGAGUUUGGUAGCCAGGUGGGCGACAUCCUGGUUGCCGUGGGACCGUCGGUGGGGGUGUGUUGUUACACUAUGGAGAGACAGCAGGCGCUCGACUUCCACCGCAUCCACCCGGACUGUGUCCCUGAUCCAGAGUCAGCCAGACCACACGUCAACAUCCGCCUCGCCAACAGACUUCUCCUCGAGCGUGGCGGCAUCCUGCCUGAACACAUCCAUGAUGACACGGUGACGGAGCGGCCCUGUGUGACGCCAUGCACCUCCUGUCACCCCGAGGACUUCUUCUCUCACGUCAGAGACGGACUGAACUUCGGCACCCAGGUGGGCUUCCUGUGGAUCAAAGAGACGGAGGACGAGACCCCGCCCACAGACGGACUGACAGAUGAUUGUGCUGUUUGGACUUGAAUAAUCAGCAGGUAGAAAACACCUGGAGUCAACAGGUGGAACCACAUCACUAAUAACUCUACGGUACAGAAUAUAAACAUAUAUAAUAUAUAUACAGUUGUGCUCAUAAGUUUACAUACCCUGGCAGAAUUUAUGAUUUCUUUGCUAUUUUUCAGAGAAUAUGAAUGAUAACACAAAAACUUUUCUUUCACUCAUGGUUAGUGGUUGGGUGAAGCCAUUUAUUAUCAAACAACUGUGUUUACUCUUUUUAAAUAAUAAUGACAACAGAAACUACCCAAAUGACCCUGAUCAAAAGUUUACAUACCCCAGUUCUUAAUACCGUGUAUUGCCCCCUUUAACAUCAAUGACAGCUUGAAGUCUUUUGUGGUAGUUGUGGAUGAGGCUCUUUAUUUUCUCAGAUGGUAAAGCUGCCCAUUCUUCUUGGCAAAAAGCCUCCAGUUCCUGUAAAUUCUUGGGCUGUCUUGCAUGAACUGCACGUUUGAGAUCUCCCCAGAGUGGCUCAAUGAUAUUGAGGUCAGGAGACUGAGAUGGCCACUCCAGAACCUUCACUUUAUUCUGCUGUAGCCAAUGACAGGUCGACUUGGCCUUGUGUUUUGGAUCGUUGUCAUGUUGGAACGUCCAAGUACGUCCCAUGCGCAGCUUCCGGGCUGAUGAGUGCAAAUUUUCCUCCAGUAUUUUCUGAUAACAUUCUGCAUUCAUCCUGCCAUCAAUUUUGACCAAGUUUCCUGUGCCUUUGUAGCUCACACAUCCCCAAAACAUCAGCGAUCCACCUCCAUGUUUCACAGUAGAAAUGGUGUACCUUUCAUCAUAGGCCUUGUUGACUCCUCUCCAAAUGUAGCGUUUAUGGUUGUGGCUAAAAAGUUCAAUUUUGGUCUCAUCACUCCAAAUGACUUUGUUCCAGAAGUUCUGAGGCUUGUCUCUGUGCUGUUUGGCGUAUUGUAAGCGGGAUGCUUUGUGGCAUUUGCGUAGUAAUGGCUUUCUUCUGGGAACUCGACCAUGCAGCCCAUUUUUCUUCAAGUGCCUCCUUAUUGUGCAUCUUGAAACAGCCACACCACUUUUUUCCAGAGAGGCCUGUAUUUCAGCUGAAGUUAUUUGUGGGUUUUUCUUUGCAUCCCGAACAAUUUUCCUGGCAGUUGUGGCUGAAAUUUUUGUUGGUCUACCUGACCGUGGUUUGGUUUCAACAGAAUCCCUCAUUUUCCACUUCUUAAUUAGAGUUUGAACACUGCUGAUUGGCAUUCUCAAUUCCUUGGAUAUCUUUUUAUAUCCCUUUCCUGUUUUAUACAGUUCAAUUACCUUUUCCCGCAGAUCCUUUGACAAUUCUUUUGCUUUCCCCAUGACUCAGAAUCCAGAAACGUCAAUGCAGCACUGGAUGAAAGAUGCAAGGGUCUGUCAGGAGUCUAGAAACUCACUGACCUUUUAUACACACACACUGAUUACAAGCGAACAGAUCACAGAUGAGGAUCGUUACCUUUAGUAGCCAUUCAAACCCGUUUGUUUCAACUUGUGUGCAUUUUAUCAGGCCAAAAUCUCCAGGGUAUGUAAACUUUUGAUCAGGGUCAUUUGGGUAGUUUCUGUUGUCAUUAUGAUUUAAAAAGAGUAAACACAUUUGUUUGACAAUAAAUGGCUUCACCCAACCACUAACCAUGAGUGAAAAAAAAGUUUUUCUCUUAUCAUACAUAUUCUCUGAAAAAUGGCCAAAAAAUCACAAAUUCUGCCAGGGUAUGUAAACUUAUGAGCACAACUGUAUAUGUGACUUUAUAUCCAGGGGACGUAACUAAGUACAUUUACUCAGUUUGAGAAACUUUACUUGAUUAUUUUCAGCUCACGUUCUACGGUUUACUCCACUACAUUUAUCUGACAGCUCUAAUUACUUUACACAUUAAGACAUACGAGUUUAUAAAAUCUGAUGUAUAAUUAUAUAAUUAGUCAGACAAUAAAUAUGAAUCUAUUUUGAUGGUUGAAGUGAUUUUUCCUGCAGUGUGUGAACACGUCCUGCUCUGGGUCAAUCACACACAUUCAGUCUGAUUAUAAAUAUUAAAGUGAAAUAUUUAAUAAAGCUGUAAUGCUGAAUAAUA